AUGCUCCCCAGCGCCCUGACUUGGCACUGCGGGAGCUCCGCGGCAGCGCUUCUCACCUUGCCCGCGGCCCCGGGCUUCGGCAACCUGGGCAAAAGUUUCCUGAUCGAGAACUUGCUGCGGGCUGGGGGAGCCCCGCAGCCCGGCGCCCGCAGCCUGCCUGCCACCCCGGUCCCUCUCAAGCUGUGCUCCGCCGCCGCGGAAGAAAUCAGCCCCCCCGGAAGUGCCUUUCCCAGCCGCGGCUGGCCUUUCCAAGCGCUCAACUCCUCGGCAGCGGACAGCAGUAGGGCUCCGGCGAGCAGAGAAGGCACCUUUCCAGCAGCAGCCGCCGCCUCAGCUCUUCCGAAGCACCUUUUCCUGAGAGGCCCGCCGGUCUAUUCCGCAUGCUGCGGUGGGUCCUGUCACCCUGCAUCCCCCACUGCUUUUCCAAGACAGGAAAAUGUUCUUCCUCUUCUAACCCAGGAUUCCAGAUCCCGGAGAGGCAUUUUAAGAAGGGCUGUCUUUUCUGAAGAUCAGAGAAAGGCUUUGGAGAAAAUGUUUCAGAAACAGAAAUACAUCAGCAAAACAGACAGAAAGAAACUGGCCCUCAACCUUGGUCUAAAGGAGUCCCAGGUCAAAAUCUGGUUUCAAAACCGAAGAAUGAAAUGGCGGAACUCCAAAGAAAAAGAAGUGCUUUCAAACAAGUGCCUGCCAGAGAGGGGUCUUCAAGAGACCUGUCUUUCCAAACUAAAUUUUACCUCCCCACCGUGUCCCGCCUGGGCAAUGUCUCCUCAACAGACAAAUCCAAGAUGGCAGAAUCUUCCAGAACGCUCAGAGAGACUGAAUAGCAGAAGUAGCUUGAGGCCACCUGCAAGAGCAAACUCGCCUCCUGGAAUGUUGUAUUUGUAUCGGGAACGAGACACUGCAGAAAAGGCAAUUAUACCACAAAGGGGGAAACUGAUGGAGUGAAGUGAUAAUAGACCAUGACUUCAGAUGGCCGGCAGUCUAACUUCACGUGAAUGCUGAACUAGUUUAUAUACUCCACUAGAAUAAAACCUAACUCAUUUAUAUUGGCAAAAACUAAUGCUUUAAGAGAGAUUCAGUAAUCAGUCUUCUUUCACGUUCCUACUGGCCUUGAACAAACUUGUACGUGAAGUAGGAAAGAACUGAUGGUAAGUGAACUUGAAGUAAGAAGUAUGAUGCUAAUAUAUGGCUCUGAUAUAUAUGUAGAGUGUUAAAUACACAUUUGAAUGGAUUUUUUGUUGUAAUACUGUCCAAAACAAUUAAAUUAAUAUUUUGUGACACUAAUGAAUUAUCUAAAGCUUAUUAGAGAAGAAAAUCUUAUUGUAUAUGGUUCUAUCAUCUCCCUUUUACAAAAAUAGUACAGUAUGGCGUUGUGGAACUGAGAUGAGAUAAGUGCCCAUAGGAUCAGAUAUGUAGUCUAAGCAGUGAAACCAGUAAUGUGUGAGAACUUAUCCAAAAGACAAGCAACAGGUAAGAAUGUCCAGAGUGUUAAUUUAGAAAAAUUAGAAGUCCUUUUUAGAAGUCUAUUUUUUGGUUUAAGUUUUUCCAUUUUGCAACAUUUUGGUACCCAUAACUGCAACUCUUACAUAGACGCCCAGUUUCAGGACCUCCUUGUGGAUAUGGGAGCUGCACUGCAUACAUAGAUGUCACCCACUUGCAAGGAGUCAGGCUCUUCUAUAUUGACUUAAGUGCAGGGAGUAAGCUUGUCCUGCCCAGUGGGAUCAUGUGCAUGUACAACUGAGCUACCAUUUCCACUGAAGUGAAUGCAGAGCCUCAGUUCUUCAAGACUCUGUUUGUUUCAUAUUGGACUGAAAACAGAGGAGAGAAUCCAGACAAAGGGUGGGUUCUCAUGACCUGUGCAAUAUCACAAAACGGAAAGGGGAGAUUCACAAGGUGUGAACCUGGAAAUUUUCACUGAUGUGGGGUUUGGCACUGCACCAACCUGACAUUUAACUGAGAUUGGCAACCCUAGAUCAAAUCCUAGCUUACUGAUCCCAGUAAAAUGUGAGGGUAGUGCCAACCUGACAUUGCUUAAAAUUUCUGGGUUCUUACAACUGGAAAUUUGGAUGUACAUGCCUCACAAAUCUCCCGUUUCUGGUUCGGUGGCAUCAUACAAGUUGUGAGAACCCAGCCCAAGUUAUACAUCCUAAGUUAUCCCCUGCUAACUGAGCAAAGAGAGGCCUGUUAAAGUGCUGAUGCUCUUAUAUUUAGCAGAGGAGAGAUAUAGGCCCUAUCCAGCCCCAGCACAGCAUCCCUCCAGUGGCUGUUGCUGGUAUCUGCCUUAUUUUUCUUUUUAGAUUGUGAGCCUUUUGGGGACAGGGGACCAUCUUAUUUAUGUAUUAUUUAUUUUUCCUAUGUAAACCACUUUGAGAAACUUGGUUGAAGAGCGGUGUAUAAAUAUUCACAGUAGUAGUAGGAAGUUAGUCAUGACUAAGCACCAUUGAAAUAAAUAAAACAUGGAAAACCUAAGUCCCAUUAAUUUCAAUGGAACUUGAUCAUUACUAUCUUAGACUGGAUCCUACCCAUGUAGUGUUCAAGCAAAACCAUCUUUUUGUCUUGAACAAAAAUCAAGCAGCUGAUCCAUCUGCUGUUAUGGAAAAGAUUAAUACAAACAUUUACAUUAUCUAAAAUCCAUGUAUGGUUUUCAUUUAUCAGUUGAAUAUUCACACAGAAAAAGAACUACUUAGAAUGCAAUUUGAUCCUGUAAUUGAUUUGUAAACUGCCACCAAAGUGCAUUUCAUCUGCUGUGUCAAGCCCACAUAUUCAUAAUUUGUCAUCUUUAAUAUUUUUAACUGAUUACAAUGUACCAUAGGUCAUGGGCAAAGCUGUUUGAAGCCAGGUUUUCAGUUAAUAAUUUACUGUGACUGUAAGCGUGGUAAAGACCUUCAUAAAUUAUUUUGCUCACUCUUCACAGACAACAAUACCGCUGUUGUAGUCCUGAAAAUUGCCUUAGCAUGGGACAUUUAUAUUCAGCAAAUAUUUCCUGGCAUAAUCCUACAUUUGAGAACUUUUAAGUAGUUUUGUACUUUAUUGGAGUCUCUCCUGAAGCAAUGAAUAAAUUCAUAGUCACUCAUUAAAUUGGCUUCAUUAUUAAUGAAUAAAGCAGCUGCUUCUGAUGA